AUGACUGGCCGGGAGGAUAUACCAGGAAGUACGGACGACGUUCUAUCUGGCGACCCAGAAGUUAAGAGCGUGACGGUCAACACAGUAAAGAUCAGGCCUCCAGAGGUAUCAACUCCACCGCGUUGCUCAGGAACAGUCUUUUACGUCGACGAUUGCCUGAAAUCUCUGAAUUCCACAAAACAUGCCAUAUCCUUAGUGAAGGAUUUGCAAGCCGUCUUGAGUCAUGGAGGUUUCCACAUAUCAAAGUGGAUCAGCAACAGCAGAGAGGUGAUGAACUCUAUUCCUGCUUCGGAAAGAGCUAAGGAGGUCAAGGACCUUGACCUCAACCAAGACAUCUUACCGAUUGACCGUGCACUUGGCGUCCAGUGGUGUGUUGAGACAGAUGCUUUUCGUUUCAAGAUUGCUGUGAAAAAUCAGCCACCGACAAGAAGGGGAAUUUUGUCGAUGGUUAGCAGUGUGUUUGACCCCCUUGGUUUCCUGGGUCCAUUCAUGUUGCCUGCCAAACGCAUACUUCAGGAGUUGUGCAAACUUCAGCUGGGAUGGGAUGAGCAAAUUCCUGAGGUGUACUCAGCCCGAUGGCGCCUAUGGUUACAGGAUCUUGAGAAGCUCUCGUCGUUCACUGUGGACAGAUGCAUGAAACCAGCAGAAUUUGGAUCAGUGACAUCUGCUCGGUUACAUCACUUUUCUGAUGCCAGUGAAGUCGGCUAUGGUGUAGCAACCUACUUGCGACUGGAAAACUCUGAAGGGAAAGUUCAUUGCUCCUUCCUUUUGGGUAAAUCACGAGUAUCGCCACUGAAACAAAUCACUAUACCGCGAUUAGAGCUGACUGCGGCCACAGUAGCAGUUCGGAUGGACAAAAUGUUGAAGGACGAACUAGACGUGACUGUUGGUCCAUCUAUGUUUUGGACGGACAGCAUGACCGUGUUGCGUUACAUACAGAAUCGCACCGCAAGAUUCCACACCUUUGUUGCCAACAGGAUUGCCGUGAUCCACGAGGGGUCGGAGCCCAUUCAGUGGCGGUAUGUCAACACGAAGGUUAAUUCCGGAGCACAGUUUCAAUGA